AUGUCAACCGCUGACAUUCGUGCUGCUUUUCUCCGGUCGGUUUCAUGUCUUUACGAAGUCGACGUAUUUACGUUGACGACGGACUGCAAACUGCGCAGAGAUCCGUAAACGGAAACGGAAGCUGGCGAAGCUUCGCGCGUUCGUCCAAGACUUUGGCGCCAACGACACAACGGAACGAGCACUGCCACUGUCACGAGCCUCCGGUCGACUAUCUAGCAAACAUUUGACCAAAGUCAUAUUUUUCUGCAACUUGUUUCCUUUCUCUUGGACAUGGCGAAGCUUUCAGAGGGUGCGAUACAGGCUCUAUCAAAGGGCGACUCUGUUGCCGACGCAGUGCUUCAGUUGGUGAAUAUUCGCAAGAUUGAUAGUGGAAACGGUGCGAUCCGGUUUCGGGUGAUGAUGAGUGAUGGGCUGCACAGCAUGUCCUCCUUCAUGCUCUCAACGCAGCUGAACUUCAUGGCUGAGGAGAACGUAUUGGCCCCUAACUGCAUCUGUAUUCUGAAGAAGCAUGUGACUAAUAUACUGAAGGAUAAACGACGGGUGGUGGUCAUUUUGGAAAUUGAAGUCAUCAAGCCUGCUCAAAUGGUUUCUGGAAGAAUAGGUGAUCCUAUUCCCCUCACCGAGGGUACAAAAGUCCAGCAGUCUGCACCAAUCCCUGAAAACCGCCAACCACUACAGCAGCAGCAGAAUAAAAAUGAAGGGCUCAAAGGGUUCACUAGAGACUUUGGGAAGAAGACCCCGUCUGCUAUGCCCAGUACUCCAGGGGGCAGCUCUAAAGUUGUGCCCAUUGCCAGCCUCAACCCCUAUCAGUCCAAGUGGACCAUCCGAGCCCGCGUGACCAACAAGACCAGCAUCCGCACGUGGAGCAACUCUCGUGGAGAUGGAAAACUCUUCUCCAUGGAGAUUCUGGAUGAGAGUGGGGAGAUCAGAGUGACCGGUUUUAACCAAGAAGUGGACAAGUUCUUUAGCCUCGUGGAUGUUGGAAAGGUCUACUACAUCUCCAAGGGCUCCCUGAAGAUCGCCAACAAGCAGUACACAUCAGUGAAGAACGACUACGAGAUGUCUCUCAACGGGGAGUCCACCAUCAUCCCCUGUGACGACGCCGUCGACGUCCCUGUGAUACAGUGCGACUUCGUCUCUAUUGGGGACCUGGAGAACCGAGAAAAGGAUUCCAUCAUUGAUGUGAUAGGGGUGUGCAAGAGUGUGGAUGAAGUGACCCGCCUCACCACCAAGUCAAACAAGGAGGUGUCCAAGAGGACGGUCAACUUGAUAGACAUGUCCGGGAAGCUGGUGACUGUCACGCUGUGGGGAGACGAAGCAGAAAAGUUUGACGGCUCGGGACAGCCCAUUUUAGCCAUAAAGGCGGCGAAGCUCUCUGACUUUGGGGGCCGCUCCAUCUCCGCAUCCUUCAGCAGCACCCUGAUGAUCAACCCAGACAUCCCAGAGGCAUAUAAGCUCAGAAGCUGGUAUGACAAGGAGGGCCACGCCAUGGACGGACAGUCUCUGACCGAGGUGAGAGGCAGCGGGGGAGGAAUCACCAACUGGAAGACCCUGUCUGACGUUAAGACGGAGCACCUGGGACACGGAGACAAGGCGGACUACUACACCUGCAUAGCUACCAUAGUAUACCUGCGCAAGGAGAACUGCCUCUACCAGGCCUGUCCCAGCCAAGACUGCAACAAGAAGGUGGUCGACCAGCACAACGGCAUGUUCCGCUGUGAGAAGUGUGACAAAGAGUUCCCCAACUUCAAGUACCGCCUCAUCCUUUCUGCUAACGUUGCAGAUUACGCAGACAACCAGUGGGUGACUUGCUUCCAGGAGAGUGCAGAGGCCAUUCUCGGCCAGAAUGCAGCUUACCUGGGGCAGCUCAAGGACUCGAACGAAACUGCCUUUGACGAGAUCUUCCAACAAGCCAACUUCAACACAUUUGUCUUCCGCAGCAGAGUGAAGCUAGAAACGUAUAACGAUGAAUCCAGGAUCAAAGCUACCGUGAUGGAAGUGAAGCCUGUUGACCAUAAGGAGUACAGCCUGAGGUUGAUCUCCAACAUAAGGAAGCUGGCUGCACAGUAGGAACUUGGCAUCCAUGAAAAGUAUUGUUGACUUUGCAAGCUUUUUGUUUCUUUCUUAUUUUGUCAACGUCGGCUCCAAAUGUCUCGUUUUGCUCACGAAUCAAUUGUGAUUUUUUUUUUCUCUGCUUCCCUGUAGAAUAAAAUGUCCUUAAAGUACUUAUGACUGUUCACCCUUCCUUUGUUGAAUGAUGAUUGCUGGCCUGAGACUUUUUUGUUUAGUGAACACAUGCUGUUUUCUUUGUUAUUUUGGGAAGCAGAGAGUGGGUUAGGUAAGCGGGGGGAAAAAAAAUCAGAACGGUCCAUCUUUAGUCAGCCAGUUAUUCUUUUGACUGGUGACGUUGGGCUGCUUUAAGCAGGAGACCAGUACAGUAGCUACAUCUCCCUUCACUUCACGUGACGCGCUCUCAAAACAGCGAGGCUGGACCUGCAAAUCCCUGAUAAGGCCGCUUACUCUCCCACUCCUUUGUGCUUUGUCCCUCACAUAACUUGCAGACAUAAGCACAUAAAUGCACACAUUCCUUAGUGAGGAAUGUGCUGUAGUCUAUUUGAGAAACAAGGUUUUCUUUUCUUUUUUUGUUGCAUUUAACUGUUUUGUCUGUUCUGUAAUUGUUUUUCUUUUGAUAGGUGUGAGAAUAAAUAUAUUAUCAAAUU